AUGCCAAAUUGCGGGGCGCCAAGGCGGCCAUCGGCGGCGGGUGAGCGACGCACCGCUGGACGUCUUUCAGCGCAAGAGAGAUGGCUGCAGUCGUUCAACCCAUACUGUCAACCGCUGUUGCUGCGACGGAAGCCAUCAUCGUUGUUGUCGUCUGCCGCGGUACCCGGAAGACGUGCUCGUUCCGCAGCAUCGCCCCGCCACAAGGCAGUGGAGAUCCGACCAGAGGUGGGGCUCCCCGUGACGAACGGUGAUGCGCUUCUCCAGCUCACGCAGGAGGAGUGGAGUAUAUGCAACCUGAUGGUCACUGUGCUCGAGCACAAAUCCACGGAGGAAGCUCAACGCAUUAUUUCCGAGGUGGCCCAACUGGCGCUGAGCCGCCGUCUGCUAGCCCGAUACAGUGGCGUGUACGCCGAUGGCCAUGUCAAUGGCGAGGAAGACACUCGAGGAGACGAGGAAGAAAACGGGCGAGCUCAACUGAUUCGUCAUCUACAGGAACAUCAGCGACGCGAGGCGGAGAGACGAAAGCAGUUGUGUGAUUCCAAACGCCAGAGUCAACAGGGGGAUAUACGAGCACGUUGCAGGAAACUUUUUAACCGCAGUGGUGUAAAUGGCGACGGUAAUGCUUUGAAGGCGACGAAGAAGAGAUGUUCGCCACGCAGGUGUAAGUCAUCUGCCGAGGGAAAUACGAUGCAGCAACAGGGUGGACAUGUCAAUUUGGAGGAAAUGGUGAUGACGAAGACAACGGUUCCUGUUCCGAGCGUGCCAUUGAAUGUUCCACGGCGGGCAAAGGCAUCCAAGGGCGUACUCUCCUUUGAUGAAUGCUGUGCAGACCGGUACGGUGGUGGUGCGUAUUCAAAUGACAGUAUGGCAUCCGUCUUGCCUCUUCGCUGCGCUGCAGUGAGCCCAACCGAUGACUCCGUUCGGCGGUCAAAUUCAUUUCCCUCGGCAGGUGUUAAUUACGAUGAUCAUGAUGCCAUUAAGGGCAUUUUUUCACAUGAUGAUAGCAAUGAUAUUCAUACCAAUGGAGCGCCUUCGGCGUUCAUCUCCACCAUGCGUCCUGCAACGACCAGCGAGACUUUCAAUGAUUUGUCAUCCCUCUCAGGGUCCGCAUUGCCGCCGUCACAAUUGUUGGAUGGGCACAACGGCGCUGGACUUCCACCGUUGAAGCCGACUACCCCUACUGCUGGAUCGAGGACAUCGGCACAACUGAGGGCAAAAGUGUCUUCCUCUUCCGUGUCUUCUUCUUUGAUUUCUCCCUCCUCUAGCAGUCUCAUCAGUGACGUGAAGCACGAGUGGGAGACGGGACUGCAAUAA